AACUGACGGUGUAUGGAAUAUACACCCUCAGUAAUUUCUCACCAUACGAGGGUGAAGCUUGAGUAUGGUAUUAUAUUACUGAGGGUGUAUAUCCCAUACACCGUCAGUUAAUUACUAACGGUGUAACGAUUAUAUCUCAACCGACUACUCUGUUACUCGGGAAGUAUGGAAAAUACCCCAUGGGCACGUGACCGCUCUAAGCCAAUAUUGUAGAAUGCCUACCAAUAGUUACAUUUAUUUUAUUUCAGAUUGUAACCUCUUAAAAUAAACGCCUGCGGCCGAUCAACAAUAGCAACUAGUAUGUCUGUGGAUAAACAGCCUCAGUCAAUGUUGACUGGAUUUGAGACGAGGAAUCGCUAUGCAGUGCUGAACAAGGACAUGCAGCAGAUUUUCUUUGUACAGGAAGAGUCAAGCCUCUGUGAGCGAUGCUUCUGUCCCGCGCAACGCGGGUUUCAGUUGCAUAUGACGGACAACAACUCCCAGGAGAUAAUCCGGAUGUCCCGUGACUUCAAAUGCUGCACUGGUUGCUGCUGGUGUGCUGGAGGCUGCUGUCAGAUGGUCCUCAACGUGGCGGCACCUGUAGGGCGCCUGGUUUGGAGGAUCAAGACAGGCAACUCCAAAUGCAAUCCGCACAUGCAGGUAUUUGACGCCGCAGAUAACCACCUGUUUACUCUCUGGACUCCCUGCUGUUUCUGCCAGGCUCCUAUCUGCUGCGAAAAUAAUAUCAACGUUCCGUAUUAA